AUGAGUGUCAACGUUGCAGUUGAGCCGAAAACAAACCGAAAAAUGCACGAGCUGUUCAUGCAAGUGCUAAAAAACAGAGACCUCUCCAGGGCAGGAGAUCUCUUCUCCAUCCCCGACUCUGUUAUUGUUAAUGAUUUAUCAAUUGUGUUGAAGGAAAUUACUGUAAUUGCCUCUCUGCCUGAUUACGUUAACAACGAUAACGAUCAAAGUGUUGUCGAAAUAUGUGUUACAAGAGUUAUGUCCUGCAUAAGGGAAACAGGAAGUGUAGAGCAACAUUGCGAAGCUCUAGUGGCUUUGUUAGAGUCCUGUCUUCACCAUAAUUUACAAGCCUCAGCGAAAGACGAGGACACUCCUCAUGCAAAAAUAUCGUCUGAUAUAAUAUCAUGCAUUUUUUUAAAUUACACUAAGAAGUCUGUAAUGCAAAGGGCUCUGCCAGUUGCGGUGAAAUUUCUUCACAAAGGAAAUAAAGAAUUAUCCAGAAAUAUGGCAUCUUAUUUAUCAUUAGCAGCUAUGGAACAUGCGUCUUUACUUACUCCCCAUGUGCAGCCUAUUAUGGAUUCUAUUAUUUCAGGAAACUAUCCUUUGUGCAGAGUUCUUCCGAACAUUUACGAAGUUGCUCCUGAACCUUUUCAAGGCCACGCCAUGGCGUUGGUAUCUCUCCUUCCUCACUGUGAUAACCAAGAAAAGUUAGCUUUAUUGAACUUAUUUACACUUAUGGCCAAGGACAAUCCUACGUUGCUAGAAGCUAGCGUUCCUCAGCUCUGCGAAUAUUUAAUUAAUCGAGGAACAGUCGGCCCUACAUUGGACAUCUUCAUUCACUUAGCCGGGAAAAUGCCAGCGCUGCUCGUCGAUCACAUAAACGUAGUAAAACAAUGCGCUCAAAAGCAUCCUCAAACGGUUUGUUCAUCCGCUCAAAUCAUUAGCGCCGUAGGAAAAAUCAACAAAGACCGGGCUCAAGAUGCUCUUAACUUUGUGCUCGAAUAUUUACCGAAGGUGGACAGGAGCUCACAGACUGCUCUGCUCAGAGAGGCUACAUUGCUUUGCAGUACUUACCCCGUUCUGUUCACAGACAAAGUAUUACUAGGCAUUCGUCAUAGACAUCACACAAGUUUGAAUCAAAUAAGCCAAUUACCGACGCCUACAAGCCAGGUCACAUCAGGUGGGGUGACAAUAGUUAAAGUGGGAGGAGGAGUUCAAGCAUCCGCUCCUUCCGGUGGGUAUACUCGAAGAGCGAAAUUGGGGGAUUCCAGGAGUACGGGAAGACUCCACACCGCUCCUAGUAUAAACACUCAUCGAAGCAUGACAAAGCUUAAUAUAGCAGGAGGAUCAGUGGGAGGAUUGCAUAAAAGCAUGACAGGUCUCAGUUCCACUCAACACAUCAACGCCACGCCUGUUCCUCCUUUAUCUAAUAACGUCAUUGUAACAGGCGUAAAUAAAUGGACGGCUCCAAAUAUAAGAGUAUCGAGCGGCGGUGUAACUGUAACAACUAUAUCUCCACCGAGGAUACAAAGACCUCUGAGUCAAGGGCCUCUGGCGUUUAUCGGAAGUCAUGCGAAUACCGGUGGCCCCAUAGUCUUAACUACUCCUUCGGUACAUUCUUCCAACGCUGUAGUAGUAACUGCGGCCUACACCGGAACGCUAUCAAGCGGACAAGUUUCAGUAGUAACUAGUACUAUGGGCAGUUCGGUACUAUCGCAAAGCAUUCCGAUUCGAAAUAGUGUGGUGCACACUCCGCCACCUCCUCCUGCAGUCGAAACUCUAUAUUCCAAUAACAUAACGACUUCGGGAAACGUCAACGUAACGGGCCCCACUACAGUGGUAGCGCGUCGCAACAACACCAGCGUGACUUUAAUCAAUCAAAACGCCGCGGCCGUGCAAAGGAUGAGCGUGUUCGAGCCUUAUCCUAUGCGGGACACCAUCCAGCAUUUCUGCGAAAAGCACCUGGACAAGAUUAAAAGCUACAUGGAGAAGGUUUCCCUGCAGAUUCCUUCGCCUGCUAAGUGCACCAUCGAAGAGAAGCGACACAAGAAAUCCGCAAAAUUGCAUUUCGCCUGCCAGGCCAGGGGACAACACUGCUUGUAUUCAAAGACUUAUUUCACUAUGAGAACAAGAAACCCGAGAAUUUGGAUACAUCUCAUGUUCAUUUCACUACAGGCUCGAAACACCCAUGCUCUCAGUUCCAGAGACGCCCAAGUAGCUUCUUUGAAGCAUUGCUGGGACAUUCUAAAAUGCGAGAACAAGACGUUUCUGACGCUGGUGACGAGCGCUUUUCCAUGCGUUAAGGAUCAGGAUUCGAUUUUGAGCGAGCUGAGACAUUGCGGAUAUUUCGAUGUGUUCCAAGUGUGUCCUCCGAGCAUCACUCCGGCCGAUAACGCGGAUUCGUCUAGCAUUAACGGAGUCAUUUGGGGUUGCUUCCUAUGCGCUCAUCCGGAAAAGGCCGUGGGAUUUUUAAGAGGAGACACGAGACCGGUGAUCGAGGGGCAAUUGAAGGAAAAGAAAGGCAGAUGGAGGCUUUUUAGAAGAUGGCGGACGAGGUACUUUACCUUAUCCGGGGCCCAUUUAAGCUGCAGAGGAUCGAGCGGAGGAGAGUCGAUAGAUGUCAAUCAAAUUCGAUCCGUAAAAGUAUCGAGAGGUGCACGAAAUAUUCCGAAAGCUUUUGAAAUAUUUACAGAGAACCAAACAUUGAUAUUAAAGCCUAAAGAUGGUAAAAAUGCGGAAGAAUGGGUGCAGUGUCUGAGCAUCGUGGUGGCUCAUUCGCAUGCUAAGGAGCUGCCCAAUAAAAGCAAUUCAUUACCUGCGAGAGGUAUCAGUUCUAGUCGUACCGUUGUGUGA